UCUGCUUCUGCUUCACCCGCGAAGAAACGCAGGCAAUCCGGCAAAUAUGCCCCGCCUUCGAAAUAUGCGCAUUUGACGCCUCUCGCAGACAUCCUGCAACCGAAUUUGAUUUGCGUGUUCGUCGGCUUCAAUCCUGGAGUCACGACGGCUCAGACCGGUCACGCUUAUGCGCACCCGAGCAACCUGUUCUGGAAACUAUUGCACAGCAGUGGCUGUACGGAUGAACGCCUGGUGCCUGAGCAGGACAUCGACUUGCCCCGACUCUACGGUAUGGGCAACACGAACAUUGUCGCUCGACCGAGCAAGGAUGCAGCCGAAUUGAGCAAAGCUGAAUCCGCAGCAGGCACUCCAUUGUUGGAAGAGAAAGUGCGAAAGUAUCGGCCAGAGGCGGUCUGCGUCGUGGGGAAGGGCAUCUGGGAGUCUAUCUGGCGCUGGCGGUAUAAGCGUGAGAUUCAGAAGCAUGAGUUUAGAUAUGGUUGGCAGGACGAGAAGGAACGUAUGGGCAAGACAGACGAUUGGCCUGGUGCUGUGGUAUUUGUUGCGACUGCUACCAGUGGGCUGGCUGCAAAUCUGAGGCCACAUGAGAAAGAGGCUAUCUGGAAACCUUUUGGUGAAUGGGUGAAGCAGAGGAGGCAGGAACGA